AAAGUUUUAUUAUUAAAGUAAUUGUUUUCUAUUUUAUUUCUUAAAAAAUUUAAACAUAAAAAUUUAUUAUUUAUAGAAUAAGUUAAUAAAUCUAAGUCUUAAAUAGUAGUUUGAUAUUUAAUUAAAUAAAUCUAAGUUCCUGUGUUAAAUAAUUAUAUAAGUAUUUAUCUUAUCUUUUUUUUUACACUGCGAAGUCAGAUUUUACUUUGAAUUUUCAUACAUCAUAAAUUAACUAAUAUAUUUAAUUAGUUAAGUUUUGAUAAAUAAUGGCAAGAAAACGCCGCAGUACUGCAGAAAUUAAUACCGCUGAGAAUGCAUCAGUUCCAAAACGACGUUUUACAAGAUAAUUUUUAUUACAGUACACAAAGAACACCUAGCAGACUAGAAGAAAUGAUGGUGGCUUUUAAUCAUAAAAAAUGUUUAAGUUGGUUUCAUAAAUAUACUAAUGAUUCAAAUGAUACCUUAGGUCCUGAAGGAAUGGAAAAAUUUUGCUUGGAUAUUGGAGUUGACCCAGAAGAUCUAGUAAUGCUUGUAUUAGCUUGGAAAAUGAAUGCAAAAUCAAUGGGAUAUUUUUCAAGUUCUGAAUGGUUAAAAGGGUUUACAGAAUUACAAUGUGAUUCUAUAAAAAAGUUACAAAGUAAAUUAGAUUCUUUAAGACUUUGCUUUAAUGAUCCAAUGAUGUUCAAAAGUAUUUAUAGAUAUGCUUAUGAUUUUGCUAGAGAUAAAGAUCAAAGAAGUAUGGACAUAGAAACUGCAAAAUUGAUGCUAAAUUUAUUACUUGGCAAACAAUGGAAACUUUACUCGUUAUUCGCUAAGUUUAUAGAUCAAUCCAAGUAUAGAGUUAUCAACAAAGAUCAAUGGUGCAAUAUUCUAGAAUUUUCUAGGUCAAUUAGUACAGAUUUAUCCAAUUAUGAUAUAGAUGGAGCUUGGCCUGUAAUGUUAGAUGAAUUUGUAGACUGGUUAAAAAAUAAUGACAGCUGAAAAAAAAUAUCUUACAUGACACAAACCAGAGAUACUUGGUACUGGACCGAUGUUACAAAUAUCUAAUUAAAUCUAUUUAAUAAAGUUGAUCUCUAUAAUGCUUUUUAUUUUCUCAUGGAGAUUUUUUUUUUUCAAUUCAUAGUACACAAUAAUAAAAUUGCUUUAAAAAAUAUAUAACACUAAAAUUGUAUUUAUUUUUUAUAUAUAUUUAUGAAUAAUUUAUUAAAUUCAUCAUAUAAUUCAAAUAGUAUUUCUCUGUCUGUAUACAUUAUUAAAGCCUAAAAUUAAAUGUGAAAUAUAUUUUAGUAUGUAUUAUAAUAAAGUUCAAAAUUGUGAUCUUAAUAUAAUCACAUAAUAUACCAUAUUC